AUGGAGCUCCUGAAGAUGAAGUUCACCCAGCAGCGGCGGGUGCGUCUUGCCCAGGGCCUGUGGCUGAUGUCCUGGAUGGCAGUGAUAUGCGGGACCUUCGUCUUUUGUCUGGGGGUCUACCUUAAGACAGAGCUUGUCCGUAGGGCCGAGGUGAUGGAGAACACGGAGAUCCACAUAGUGCCCAACAUCCUGAUGAUGGUGGGCCUGGCCUCCAUCGGCACCAACUGGAUGGCCAGUCGCGUGUGUCAGGACUCCCUGGAUGCCAGCCGCUUCCCCCGCUGGAAAGUUCUCCUGCUGGCUUGGUUCGUCGUGGCCGCGCUGAUCUGCUGCCUGCUCGUUGCUGUUGUGGUGCUCAGCUACGCCCUGCAAGGACGCCUGGAGGAGUCUCUGAAGGUGGGCCUGAGGAAUGGUAUUCGGUUCUACAAGGACACAGACGUGCCGGGCCGCUGUUUUCAGAAGGAGACAAUCGAUCGUCUGCAGAUGGAGUUUCGCUGCUGUGGAAACAACAACUUCAAGGAUUGGUUUGAGGUGCAGUGGGUCAGCAACAGAUACCUGGACUACACCUCCAAGGAGGUCAAGGAUCGUGUCCGGAGUAACGUGGACAGCCGUUACCUGUUGGAUGGCGUACCUUUCAGCUGCUGUAACCCCGCCUCCCCUCGCCCCUGCCUGCAGUACCACCUGACAGAUAACAUGGCCCACUUCAGCUACGACUACCAAUCGGAGGAACUCAACCUGCACAGCCGCGGCUGCAGGCAGGCUCUCAUCGACUACUACAUGGACUUGAUGAAUUCGACCGGUCCCGGUGUGCUGUCAGUCAUCCUAAUACAGCUCUCUGUGCUUGUGAGCCUCCGGUUCUUGCAGACGGCCGUGGAAGGAGCCAUGGCUCUGGAGGACCCAGAGGGUGACAGCGAGGGUUAUAUCCUGGAGAAGAGUGUGAAGGAAACCUUCGAAGACGUAAAAACCAAGGUCCUCACCUUGCUUAAGUUUGGUCAGGUCGACCCCAACGCCGCCGAAGAGUCUCCUGCAGACGCAGAGAAGGGACCUGAUAGCGCUGCCAGCUAGA